AUGACAAUGGCAGAACUUCUAUAUAAACCCAAAUCAGAGCCUCAGAGAGCGCCCGUGCUGUUGCUCACUCCAGAAAACUGUCGAUCGUCCACGCGGAUCAGAGCAUUCCUACUGUUAUCAAGAAUCGCAGCUGAUGAUACUAUCAGGCAACAUUUGAACGAAAUCAAACCCAAACAAUGUGACGAUUACUUUGCGCGAUCAAUCUUGCCACAGUGGAUUGCUCGUCAAGAGGCGAUUCAGUAUUGCUCGGAUUACGCCCGGGACUUACACAAUAAAACAGAAUCAGAAAAGGUAGAGGUGAGUGGCAACUACGACUUGAGGGUCGAUCCUUAUGCGUUGAAGGACGCAAAUGAACGUUUGGUUAAGCAGUUUUCCGAAUGCUCCAAUAUCGAGAAUUGGGUCGCUAAUGAGUUGAGCGUUGAGUCCAUCAUCAAGGAACAGACUGCUAAUGUGCUCAAUGACAAGUGCUAUUACAAGGACUGGCUUGCUGACUUCAGGCAGGCUCUCCAUAAAUAG